CAUUCAUAGACCAUGCAAUAACACAUAGUCGGUAAGCAUAGUAUUAGUACCACUACAGGACUGGAACAGGAAUCUGUCUAUGUCGGUGUUCAUAUUCAUAUUUGAUCCCAGCCUACUCUCUUUCUAUUUCCCCCUAAUUCUACUUGUUUUGUUUGCUUUGCCCCAAAACCAAAUGUUUCCAUUCAUCUCCAAGGACAUAAAAUGAAAGAAGAUUGAAGUUGGGAAGAUGAAGAAGUUUUAAAAGAAAGGUAAAUAUAAUUUUAGGAGGAGCAUUCAAGAAAAAUAACUGCACUAGUUAGAAAGGAUUGCGGCUGCCUAAAGUAUUACACGAGAGUCUACGGAUAAAAAAAGAGGAGAAUUAAAUAAUAACAAUAAACAGAGGGAAAAGGUACAAGACAGGCAACGGUCUCAUGUGGCUGACUAGGCAGUGAAUGUGGCUCAACUGUAGCAACUUGCCUUCAUUUCUGCUGUCAUUCAAAAAUGGGGUUUAUAUUCAUAGCUGAAAUCUCUACCCAUUAUCACUCCCCUUGAAAGUGUUCCACCUUCAUCCUCAUUUUUAGGUUUUAGCUCUCUUUGCAAAGCUUUUCGAACUCCUACACUGAAUACAUUGAUUGUUUGUUUUUUCUUUCUUUCCUUGGUUUUUAGAGUUAGCUGUAAUCUAGAAGAGGAGUGAAAAAGACAAAAGAGAGAAAUAAUGAAGCGAGUUCUGAUAUGGGUUUUGAGUUUGUGGAGUAUAGUUGGGAUUGGUUGGAGCCGAUCUGAAGAUGGGUUGCAAGAACUUAAAGCUAAAGACAGAUUACUUUCCUUCUUAGAGAAAGAUGCAGUAUCCCCUGGUGCCAACUCUCUCAUGAUUCCCCUCACUCUCAUUCAAGGAGCUGCUUCUAAAGGAGCUGUUUGUCUGGAUGGGACGCCUCCUGGUUAUCAUCUGGAUCGUGGGUUCGGCUCUGGUUCAAACAGCUGGCUCAUCCAAUUGGAGGGAGGCGGAUGGUGUAAUACCGUUCGAAGUUGUGUCUUCCGCAAAACUACUCGACGUGGUUCAUCAAAAUUUAUGGAGAAGCGACUAAAUUUUACUGGAAUAUUGAGCAAUAAAGCUGAAGAAAACCCUGAUUUCUAUAACUGGAACAGAGUGAAGCUACGUUACUGUGAUGGGGCAUCUUUUGCUGGGGAGGGCCAGAAUGAGGCUAACCAACUUUAUUUUAGAGGACAAAGGAUCUGGUCUGCUGCUAUGGAGGAAUUAAUGGCCAAGGGAAUGCAGAAUGCUGAGCAGGCUCUUCUUUCUGGAUGCUCAGCUGGGGGUCUAGCUUCCAUUCUUCAUUGUGAUGAAUUUAAGGAUAUGUUUCCAAGCACUACAAAAGUAAAAUGUCUAAGUGAUGCAGGCGUGUUCCUUGAUGCAACCAAUGUGGCUGGUGGACAUACCUUAAGGGAUAUGUAUAGGGGUGUGGUUACCUUACAGGGUGUGCAAAAGAAUCUUCCAAAUACUUGUACCAGCCAAAUGGAUCCAACUUCGUGCUUCUUCCCUCAAAACUUGAUUGCAAAUAUCCAGACCCCUCUGUUCCUUCUCAAUGCAGCCUAUGAUGCAUGGCAGGUCCAAGAGAGUUUAAUUCCAUCAUCUGCUGAUCCUCACAGCUUCUGGCGUGACUGCAAAAUGGAUCAUUCUCAUUGUAACUCAUCACAAAUGCUGUUUCUGCAAGACUUCAGGAAUCAAAUGCUCAGUGGCAUAAAUGGUUUCUCAAUGUCCAACCAAAAUGGUUUAUUCAUAAAUUCUUGUUUUGCUCACUGCCAGUCAGAGAGACAGGACACAUGGUAUGCAAAUGAUUCCCCUCGUAUUGGAAACAAGGCAAUUGCAGCAUCUGUUGGAGACUGGUUCUUUGAUCGAACAGCUACUAAAGCUAUUGACUGUCCGUACCCCUGUGACAAUACUUGUCACAAUCUUAUCUUCAAUGAUGUUACUUCAACCAUAACAAUCUCAGAGUCGACAAGAUUGACAUUUACUCCCCUAAAUCUGCUUAAUGCCUUCUUGAUCACCUUAAUAUGUGUUCCAAAUGCAUCAUGGGGUUUCAGUUUGGACAGUGACUAACAAUUAUAACAUUAAAGUCCAAAUCCUAGCCAGAUAAGGUGGGUUCAUUUUCUUGCAAUUUAAAUCAUUCACUUAAAGCGCUUCUUUAGUAGCCACUGCCUUUCUUUUCAACCCUUCUGUGGUUGCCAUAGUUAAUGCCCUGGAAUGAUUUGCACGAAAGUGAAGAGGGGGAUGUUUCUUGGUGUCUGCCAAGUAUAUGGGGCUGGUUCUUUAUUUGCUCUAUUCUGUUGUAUCAUACAAAUUUGGAUUCACAUCAAUUCCACAUUGUUUUUCUAGGUGUUUUUAGCUUUAUCUUGAAAUUUGUAGCAUUUGAGAUACUUGGAUAACUGAAUAUAAGUAGGCAGGAUGUUUAAACAUCUUACCUGAAUAUCCUGAUUAUUGUGUGAGAUUUGCCUAAUCCAUGCUAAAGGUUUGGUAGGUGAUGUCAUCAAUGAUAUUUCAUGGUAGUUACUUUUCUAUGAAGGAAGUUAUUAGUUCUUUCCA